AUGGCGACUUUGCGGGGUUCAGCAAUCGUAUCUCCAACGCGGAGAACAUAUACUGUUACCCGUCCAUGGUUACAGUUAGGGACAUGUUAUAAAGCGUGUGCGCGACCUGUUCUUCCAACAACAAACAUUCGCCAUGUGCGAUAUUCAACUGUUACUCCGCAGCAACAGACACAUGCACCCAAGAUCGAGCGUGGCGCUUCAAAACUAUUCAGAGAUGCAGAUGAGGCUGUCAGUGACCUCAAGAGCGGAUCUACAAUCCUGAGCUCCGGAUUUGGCCUUUGCGGUGUCGCAGAUACACUCCUAUCGGCGAUCAAUCGUAGAGGAGUUGAAGAUCUGCAUUCCCUGACAGCCGUUUCAAACAACGCUGGCGCUCCUGGAAGAGGAGGACUUUCUACACUUACUCAAGCCGGACAAGUAGAUCGGUUGAUCCUAUCCUAUCUAGGGAACAACAAGGCUUUGGAGAAGAAGUAUUUGACUGGGAAGAUCGCUAUUGAGCUAUGUCCCCAAGGAACAUUAGCCGAGCGAUUACGUGCCGGAGGAGCUGGGAUUCCGGCAUUCUUCACUCCCACGGGAGCGCACACGUUACUCCAAGCGGGAGAAAUACCCGUCCGGCUAGAUGAGUCUGGAAAAGUAUUGGAGCGUGGCACCCCACGAGAGACGAGGAUAUUCAAUGGCAAAACUUAUUUGAUGGAGACAGCCCUCACUGGUGAUGUGGCUAUACUUCGUGCCUGGAAAGCAGAUGAGGCAGGAAACUGUGUUUUCAGGUAUACAACGAAGGCAUUUGGUCCGGUCAUGGCGAAAGCUGCCACUCUUACUAUAGUGGAGGCGGAAAACAUCGUUCCGGUCGGUUCCAUUGACCCUAACGAUGUCGACCUGCCGGGCAUCUUUGUGGAUCGAGUUGUUCCUGCUACGGCAGAGAAGCAUAUCGAAAUCAAGAAAUUACGGACUCCCGAAAAUGAGGAUGCGAGUAAGACCUCAAGCGACCCUGCCAUGGUUCAGAGAAACCGCAUUGCCCGGAGAGCAGCGAAAGAACUAAAGCAAGGAUAUUACGUUAAUCUGGGUGUUGGAAUUCCCACACUGGCUCCGUCAUUCUUACCAGAAGGCAUGAAAGUUUGGGUGCAGUCAGAAAAUGGUAUUUUGGGCAUGGGACCGUAUCCCACUGAAGACGAAGUUGACCCGGACAUCAUCAAUGCUGGCAAAGAGACGGUCACCCUCAUGCCAGGCGCAGCUACUUUCGAUAGCACUGAAUCGUUCGGCAUGAUUCGGGGCGGACAUGUUGAUGUGUCCAUCCUUGGGGCCCUGCAAGUGAGCGCCAAUGGCGACCUAGCGAACUACAUGAUCCCCGGAAAGGUCUUCAAGGGAAUGGGAGGAGCUAUGGACUUGAUCUCUAAUCCAGACCAAACCAAGAUCGUUGUCGCUACCAGUCAUACAGCCAAGGAUGGAUCUCCCAAGGUCGUUGCGGAAUGUAGCCUGCCUUUGACAGGCGCAAACUGCGUCAGUACAAUCAUCACGGAACUCUGUGUUUUCCAGGUUAAUCGAAGCAAAGGGGAGCUUCUGCUGACGGAGCUCGCUCCAGGGGUAGAAGUUGAGGAAGUCCGAAGCAAGACAGGGGCGAACUUUGCUGUUGCAGAGCAAUUAGAGAUCAUGGAAUGA